CUUCUGUGUCAAUUCACACGGAGCGUUUGGUCACCCUGUCCUGUCAAAUUAAGUCAUGCGUCACCAGGUGUCCCAAAUCUUCAGGUUUGCUGUGUGAGCUGCUGCCUGUCCUGACGUGGUGGUGGAGGAGGAAGUUGCCGUGCCAGUGACCAGUGAGGCUCACUAGUGGGACCAUGUUUUAGAGGCUCACCUCCCCCUCCGCUAGCACCUGGAGGUUCGACUUUGACCCUGUACAAUGAACAACGAUGACAGGUUCUACGACGCCGUCACAGGCUUGGACUCUGAUGAGUCGUAUGAAGGCAUGUCAGAGGCCAGUUUUAAAGAUGCCGUGGUGUACGACGGCACCCAGAGGAACAAUGGUUCCUUGCCACAGGGGAAUGGAAUCAGGAAGCACAGGACAACGCUACCCACCCCAAUGUUCUCCAGAAACAACUUCAGUGUGUGGGGCAUUCUGAAGAAAUGCAUUGGACUGGAGCUGUCCAAGAUCACCAUGCCCAUUGUGUUCAAUGAGCCCCUGAGCUUCCUCCAGCGGAUCACUGAGUACAUGGAGCACACAUACCUCAUCAACAAAGCCUGCUCGCUGUCCGACUCCAUAGAGCGCAUGCAGGCGGUAGCUGCUUUUGCUGUGUCGGCCGUAGCAUCACAGUGGGACAGAACUGGAAAGCCCUUCAACCCUCUGCUAGGAGAGACCUACGAGCUGACACGAGAGGACCAGGGCUACAGGCUGAUCUCGGAGCAGGUCAGCCACCACCCCCCCGUCAGUGCCUUCCACGCUGAGAGCCUAGUCGGGGACUUCGUCUUCCACGGCUCCAUCUACCCCAAACUCAAGUUCUGGGGCAAGAGUGUGGAGGCCGAGCCCAAGGGAACCAUCACACUAGAACUCCUCAAGCACGGUGAGGUCUAUACAUGGACCAACCCUUUCUGCUGUGUACACAAUGUCAUCCUGGGUAAACUGUGGAUUGAGCAGUAUGGCACUGUGGAGAUCCUCAACCACAGGACUGGAGAUAAGUGUGUGCUGAACUUCAAGUCAUGUGGCAUGUUUGGGAAGGAGCUGCACAAAGUGGAGGGCUACAUUCAGGAUAAGAGUAAAAAGAAGCAUUGUGUGAUCUAUGGGAAGUGGACUGAGUGCAUGUGGAGUGUGGACCCCCAGACAUACGAGGCCAACAAGAAGGCUGAGAAGAAGGGAGAGACUAAGAAGAAGAGUCAGGAGGAGCCUGAGGGGGCAGACAACGAUGAUGCAGAUGACAUGCCUGAGGUCCAGGAGACAGUAGCUAUGAUCCCUGGCAGCACCCUGCUGUGGAGGAUAUCAUCACGACCCCAACACUCUGCUAAGAUGUAUAACUUCACUAACUUUGCCAUGUCGCUGAAUGAGUUGGAGCCUGGCAUGCAAGACCGCCUGGCCCCCACAGACUGCCGCCUGCGGCCCGACAUCAGAGCCAUGGAGAACGGAGACAUGGAUGAAGCAAGUCGAGAGAAAGAGAGGCUGGAGGAGAAACAGAGGUCGGCACGGAAAGACCGUUCCAAGGACAAGGAGGAAUGGUCCACUAGAUGGUUCCAGUCAGGCACAAACCCCUACACGUCAUCCCAGGACUGGGUCUACACAGGGGGCUACUUCGAUAGGAAUUACUCUGACCUCCCUGUUAUCUACUGAUCCAGGUGUGCUCCAUGGGAACACCCCCCAACAUCCACUCAGCCUCCCUUACACUCCUGCCAGUCCGCUGACACUCCUGUCCUAAGCACCACACAGUCUCCCAUUGGAACUCUGAAGUGGCGAUAGCCUCUCCUUGUAUAACACAUGCAUCUAUGUGUUGUUAGCACAACCCUCCCCCGUCUUCUAACAGUUAUGGAACAAACAGUCAAGGUGAAAUCAGGGAUGUGAUGCUCCUUUGAUCAUUGGUUUGGAGAUUCUUUGGGACAUGUUGGAGGCAUCAAAGGUGAAAGCAGAAAGGAACAGAAACGGAGUCUGGAGGAGACUGUGUUUUGUUCCUGAACAGGAGUGCUUUGUGGGUACCCCUCCCCUUACUCCCUAUCAGACCUGGGUCGAAUACCUAUUUGAAAUAUUUGAAAUAUUUUAGUUUGAUGUAACUUGCUUGGCAUGGCGAGUUUGCACUUUUGGGACUAUUCCAUUGGUCCCAUUGCACCUGACAAGCUAAACCAAGCGCACAUGGAGUAUUCCAACCAGGUCUGCAUGUCCCCUAUACAGUGGUGGAAAAAGUACCCAAUUGUCAUACUUGAGUUAAAGUAAAGAUACCUUAAUAGAAAAUGACUCAAGU